UUCCUGCCCGUCUCACUCGCCCUCUGUCACCCACUCAGAAGCCGAGAUCGCAACGAUGAUCAAAGCUUUCUGAGUGGAACCGAGAACUGAUUCCUUCGGGAUCCUGUUCCUCUCCUCCAAGCUUGCAAACAGCUCGCUAUCGCGAUCGCCGCCGUCCCGCUCUAGCACCUGGCCAAUUUGCCACUGCCAAUUCAAUGUGCCUCAGUAUGCGGAGACGACCAGCCGAAGCGCAGAUCCGUUCGGCAGCCGUGCGGCGCCGUCGCACGCUGACUUCCGAGCUGGGGACAAACUCGAUGAAAGCGCUGAAGCGGGCAAUUGCUCUAGCUUCAUUCGUCGCCCCCACCGCGAUAUACUUCCCAGGCGACGAGACCACGGGCGGUAAAAGGGAGAUCUACCUAAACGCCGCCAUCCAACGGCAUCUACGGAAACUAUACGAGUCGCUAUGCCGAGGCAAAAACACGCUCCCCCGAGAGUGUUUUGCUACCUUUCUCGAGACGUUCCAAGGCGAGAGUGCCCCGGGCCAGAUACAGAGUGCCUUGGACGAACAUGAAUACAAAUUCGAGAAAUUCCUCGAGGUGUGGUGGCUCCGCUUCGGCCUCGACGCCCAGCGGCUGGCACCCGUCGAACAGAAAGACCUUUCCAAACCCAUCAGCAACUAUUUCAUCAGCAGUAGCCACAACACCUACUUAUCAGGCAAUCAAUUGUCCGGGAGGAGCACGGCGGAUGCCUACCGGCGUGUUCUCAAGAGAGGAUGCAGGUGCGUGGAAAUCGACGUGUGGGACGGGAAUUCGCGAAGCUCGACCCCGGAAGAUCCGCAAGAAUCGUCGGGGAAGCCGAGAUCGAAGCCGGAACACGUCCGCCACCUCUCCGGGGGAAGUCUUCACACCGCCGCCGUUCACUUUAAAGAGAUCGUGGAGGAGAAGUUUGAGCAGACUAGGCAGAUGCUACGUGUCGAUAAGACUCCCGCCUCCAGCCCGGCCUCGAAGUGGACCGGGGCAGCGCUUACGCCGCCGCCAUUUGGACGAGAGAUCGGCGACCCCCUGAGCUCGCCCGCCUUCGCUUCUCUGCUCGACCCAGAACGUUCGUCCAUACGAUCUAGGCCGUCGUUGCCUCCGGACGAACCAAUCGUGAUGCACGGAUACACAUUAACGGCUCCCGUCGGGUUUCGCGAGGUCUGCCAAGCCAUCCGCGAAGUCGCUUUCGAGACGACGAGUCUGCCGAUUAUCAUCAGCUUGGAGGUCCAUGCCGACCGAGAGCAGCAAGAAGUCAUGGUCCAGAUUAUGAAGCAGGAGUGGGCCGGCUUGUUGGUGGAGAAGCCUCACGAUACCUGCCCCAAUGAUCGGAUGCCAAGACUGGAGGAGCUGCUCAAUAAGAUACUUGUCAAGGUCAAGAAGGCCUCUUCGAGCUUGGACAAUUCAACGACCAUCUCGACGCUGUCUCCGAACCUAACCAUCGACGAUGAUGCGUCUGGGUCAGAAGACGACAGGCCAGGCCAGCCGAACGGCGCCAAGAAACCGAAAGUGCCUAUUUGUGAGAAUCUGAGCUCUCUCGCCAUCUAUACGCAUAGCGAACAUUUCACAAACUUCGAAUCGCCAGCUGCGCGAAUCCCUUCGCAUAUUUUCUCCAUAAGCGAAUCCAAGAUACUAGAGCUCGCCUCUUCUAAACAUCACGAGCUGUUCUCCCACAACCGUCACUUUUUUAUGCGAGCCUAUCCCAAGGGUCUCCGGGUCGACUCGUCCAACUUCGACCCGUCUCGGCUCUGGCGUAAAGGCGUGCAGAUGGUAGCUUUGAACUGGCAAUCCUGGGACGAGGGCAUGAUGCUUAAUGAAGCCAUGUUCUCCGGCGAGCACGGCUGGGUCCUGAAGCCUCCGGGUUAUCGUAGCGAGGGCCUGGCAGAUGCCGACGCGGAGAUCAUUCCGCACCGCUCGCUCGACCUAAUUAUCACGGUACUCGCAGGGCAGAACCUUCCGCUCCCCGAGGGUACUCACAGCAGCAACGCCAAGUCUCUGCGGCCUAUAGUAAAGUGUGAAUUGCACGUCGAGAAGGCAGAAGAGCGAAGUGCGGCCUCCUUGAUCGAGGGAGUUAGCAAAGCACGCGAGGCCGAGUACAAGCAGAGGACGGGUGCGGGGAAGUCGGAUCACCCCGACUUCAGCGUUGUCAAGAACAACGAGCUCCACUUCCUGAACAUCCAAAGGGUCGUGGAGCAGCUCAGUUUUGUCAGAUUCAAGGUCGAGGACGACGCACCGCGGCUCGUGCCGCUGAAGGGCGAUCCUUUCGCCGGUUGGGCAUGCAUCCGCCUUGACCGCCUGGCAACGGGUUACCGCUUCGUCCACCUCCUGGACGCCAACGGCAACAAGACCCAAGGUGUCCUCCUCGUCCGAGUUGCCAAAAGUUUUCGCUGACGCGGUUUCAUGUGAACGAACGACGCUAGAUGUAUCAGGAGGGGACGAGCAAA